AUGAGCUGCUCCUCUUCCAGUCCGGCAGUUGGCAGGGCUGACCUCUGCAGAGACAGGGGCUCAUUCCUGUCCCUCAACUCCAGCGUCUUCUACGGCGAGAUGCCGGCAUCUCUCAGCAGCAACCCCCUGGACUUCUUCAUCAUCAACGUAGGGGGGAGCCGCUACGUCCUGUCCCAGCAGCUACUGGCUUCUUACCCAGAGACAAGGCUUGGAAAACUGGCCUGCUCAGGCCGCGACUCGGCCCUGGAGCUCUGUGACGAUGCAGACUUCCUGGAGAACGAGUUCUUCUUUGACCGCAGCUCGCAGACCUUCCAGUAUGUAAUGAACUACUACCGAACUGGCCACCUGCAUGUGAAGGAGGAGUUGUGUGUGAUAUCCUUCCUGCAGGAGAUUGAGUAUUGGGGCAUUGAUGAGCUCCGUAUCGACCCAUGUUGCCGGGAACGGUACUACCGCCGCAAGGAGUUUAAGGAAAGCCUGGAUGUGAGACCAGAGGUGGAGGCAGCCAACAGUGAUGAGGAGGAUUUUACAGGUGCAGCCUGCCCGGCCUUCCGCCAGCGCCUGUGGGACCUGCUGGAGAAACCAGAGUCUUCAAGUGCUGCCCGCACCUUUGGCUCACUGUCCAUCUUCUUUGUGGUGGUGUCUGUAAUAAACAUGGCCCUCAUCUCGUUGGACCUGGGAGAAGACCACACCAGCGGGAGUGUGGUACUGUUUGAUGCAUUGGAGUACAUGUGCGUGGUGUGGUUCACAGGUGAGCUGGCGCUCCGGUUUCUGUGCGUGAGGAACAAGUGCCGGUUCAGCCGCAGUGUGCCCAAUGUCAUCGAUCUGCUGGCCAUUUUGCCAUUUUACAUCACACUGGCGGUGGAGAGCCUCCAUGGAGAGACCACUGAGCUGGAGAACAUGGGCCGCGUGGUGCAGGUCCUCAGGCUGAUGAGGUCCCUCCGCAUGCUGAAGCUGGGUCGACACUCUACAGGCCUGAGGUCCCUGGGCAUGACCAUUGCCCAGUGUUACGAGGAGGUGGGUCUCCUCCUCCUUUUCCUGGGGGUGGGCAUCUCCAUCUUUGCCACCCUAGCCUUCGCUCUGGAGCAUGACCUUCCUGGCACCACCUUUGCUAGCGUCCCAGCUGCUUGGUGGUGGGCAACGACCUCCAUGACAACAGUUGGCUAUGGUGAUAUCCGGCCUGACACAGCCCCGGGAAAAAUCCUGGCAUUCCUCUGCAUCCUAUCAGGUAUCCUGAUCCUGGCGCUGCCCAUCGCCAUCAUUAACGACCGCUUCUCUGCCUGCUACUUCACCCUGAAGAUGAAAGAGGCUGCACUGCGUCAUGGGGAGGCGCUGAAGAGGCUGACACGCGGCUCGGUGGGCGAGGCUGGCAUGUUAGUCAGGGCUCAAGGCGGGGUUCAGAGCGGGACAGUGGGUGGGGUGAACCUGAGAGACGCAUAUGCCAGGAGUGUCCUGGAGAUAUUGAGGCUGCAGGGGAGGGAGAGAGCCAGCACCCGCAGCAGCGGAGGAGAUGACCUCUGGUAG